AUGUCUGGUCCCUAUCCCACAUACGACCCGUACGGGUCCGGCUACCCCGUGAUGGCCGCCCCUCCCGGCGGGGGCUACCCGCCCCACGAUCCCUACGCAUCUGGCGGGUACCCGCCCCAGCAGCCGGCCUACGGUGGCUACCCCGGCGGCCCUGCGCCUGGCUAUCCGCCUCAGCAGCAGGCCUACGGGAUGCCUCCACCGAUGAUGGAUGGAGGCUACAAUCAGAUGAAUGGUGGCGGCUACCCUGGUGCCCCGCCCCCCGCGAUGGGCUACGGCGGUGCGCCCGCGUACGACGUGCGAGGAGAUGGAGGAGGCUACGGUGGUGGCUACCCCGGUGCCCCGCCCCCGGCCAUGGGUGGCCCUGGCUUCGGCGGAUCGUAUCAGCCUCACGAGGUGGCGUGCGGCGGUGAGGGCGAGUACGGAGCGGAUGGCGAUCGCGGCGUCAUGAAGGGCUUCAAGAAGGGCGGCAAGAAGAUUGGCAAGGGCUUCAAGAAGGGCGGCAAGAAAAUCGGCAAGGGCUUCAAGAAGUGGUAA